UUUUUACUCAUAUAUAAAGCAGUAAUCUGAAUGCAUUUCAUCAUAGUUCAAAUCCAAACACCAAGCUGAAAACAACCCAAACCAUUCAUUUCCAGAAGUGCAUCUCAUUAUCGAAUUAAACAUGAAACUAUUCAUCGCCCUCGCUUUACUCGCCGUGGCUGCAGCGCAGGAAGCUACCUACAACAAUCGUUACGACAACAUCGAUGUCGAGGAAAUUCUCAAAUCGGAUCGCCUCUUCAAGAACUACUUCAACUGCCUGAUGGACGCCGGUCCAUGUACUCCGGAAGGAACCGAUCUGAAGAAGUACUUGCCCGACGCGCUGGAAACCGGAUGCACCAAGUGUACGGAGAAGCAACGUGAUACCGGAAACAAGGUCAUCGCUUGGUUGAUCGAGAACCGUCCCAUGGAGUGGGUGAUGCUGAAGAGCAAGUACGAUCCGGAGAACAAGUUGACUGAACGUUAUCGUGAACUGGCUGCGAAGGCUGGGAUUGCACUGUAGACGAUUAUUCUAUCAAGGAAAGUUAUUAGUAUCAUUUCUGUAUGUCCUGAUCGCACAUUUUGGAAUCAUGAUGUUACAAAG